AUGGAUAAUCAAGGAGUCACGACAGACCCCCAGCUGCAGCAGUUUAUCGAGAUCGAGUCUCAGAAGCAGAGGUUUCAGCAGCUGGUUCAUCAGAUGACAGAAGUUUGUUGGGGUGGGUUUAUUUGUAGGUCUGGGUGUUUGCUCGACUCCAGGACAGAGGUGUGUUUUGUGAACUGUGUGGAACGAUUUAUCGAUACAAGUCAAUUCAUUCUCAACAGACUAGAACAAACUCAGAGGAGUAGAGGAACCUUUUCUGAGACCAUGACAGACUAGUAGAACGACAGCCAUUGACAAGACUGCAUCAUUCAGCCACUUAUUGAGUACCGUGAGAACUGUGAGGUAAC